UUUAUAUUCUCUGCGUAAGCUUUAGCCCAAGAAACGACGACUUGUUCAAUAAUCCCUCACAUCUUGGACCUCGCAUUGUUUGAUUAUCUAUCCCUUGAUCUAAUCCCUAUAGAGAAAUGGGUACAGUCUGCGCCAGUGCCAGUGCCAGUGACAGGGCAGUGACAGCGACAGCCUCAGUGUCAGAGUCAGUGUCGCCGCAAUGGGGACUCCAGUAUCAUUAUCGCCCUCUAUAUCGCCCUCCACAUCCGUAACCUCCCUCCUCCGUCGCGUUGGCUCAACCAAGACCAGGAAUGACAUUUCUGAGCGUCUCGAGACUCUGAGGAUGAGCAGUGCCAAAGCGCGCACAAGAAGUGUUUCUAAUCCAUCAUCUUGGAGGAAUCGUUCACAGCCUUCUACGCCUGUUGCUACUGUGUUUCCUGGUCUGGGUGUAUCGCAGAGUGCGCACCGCCAAGGGCUCCCAGCUUGGGAUCGGACACUUGAUGCUGUGUAUCAUGGCGCUUUUGAGAAAGCGAGUUUCGAAAAGGUGCUUAUUUCUUUCUAUGAGAACCACGCGAGAGAGAAACCAAGUUCUGGGUAUUUCCGACUUCCUGAUUCUGUGCGGUACCGGAUCUGUCGCUAUCUACUCCCGCCCUGCGACAAGCCCCUGCGUUUGAACAAACAUGCACUUAGCCGUGAUGUUUGGCGCAAAGAAGACUUUGAGUCACCUUCAUCGACAUUACUGCAAAUAGCUUCUUACCUUGAAGUAUCUUUUGCAUUUCGCGCGGACUUUCUUGUCACAUUUCUGCAGAACACGAAACUACACGCCGUCUUGUCGCCAUUCACUGGACCGAGAGUAAGCCCACUUGCAACAACAUGGCUUAACAACUACGGUAUGUACGCAAACAACAUCGUCAUCGAACUCGACAUGACGCAUUUGGGCUGCGGCUCUGAUCCUGGCGCUGUAGCGCUGUCGCCAAACGUUGAGCAGAUAGAGAAACUGCUCCAAGAUUUCAUCAAUGUACAAAUGAAGCGAAAGGAGUCGUGCCCCAUGGAGAGCCUGAUUCUCCUCUGUCGACGCUUCUACGGAAAACGACCCCAAGCAGCCAUUGUCUCGCCGACUCGCGCCAUCAGUAGUCGACCAGGCUCACGCUCAGCGUCACGAUCAGCAUCGCGGAGCGCCAAGACGCCAGAGCCGUACAGUCCAACAGCGAUAACACCCCGACGAUUCAACUUCGACGAAGACGCUGGAGGCCUACGAAGCCCAACGUUUCCCGAUGCCAACAGUCCAACCCAUCCACCUGUAGCACCUGUAGCACCUGUAGCACCUGUGGAAGAGUAUUGUCCCGACUCGUACCUCCAUUUCUGCAACAAUAUCCUGCAUCUUAAGGGUCGCAUCGGUUCAGUCCGCAUGUGCGGUUUCAGCGAGAAGUACACAGCGCCAUUCAUGGGGACGUUGUUCUCCAAUAACAGCAAGAUUACGAAGAGUUACGCAUAUCGUGUUGCGCCAUCGACGAUAUGGCCUAAACUCGUCGGCCAGAAGUCCUACGUCGAUACGGGGAAUGGAAAUCUCUCGCUCGAUGACCACGCAGUCACCGCUACCAAAGACGUCCCCAGCACCUUGCGCAUCUGGGAAGGCUGUGUACAGCUUCCUCCUCCUCAAAUCGACGCAAACGGAGAUAUGCUCCUCCCUGCCAUCGUGGGCGAUCUACAGAAGCUGAGGAGCACUCGUGAGAGAAGUGCGACUAGCUUAUCGGAGCGCACAUGCGAGGAUCUACGAAAGGAGGGCUCGAAGGGCGAUACGUUGGACAAGAGGACUAUUGCGUGGUUCAAGAGCAACUACGGAAAGGGGAAGCUCAAGAAGAAGAGAGUCUUGAGCAGAGACGCUGCUACAACGUAUUGACGCGGCGGCACGUGGCUGAAAAUUGGAGAACAGAUUAUGUGUACGAUAUAUUCAACAAUGAUUAUGAUAGGCCGUUUAGAUUCAUUAGGUCAUACAAGCACGGCUCUUCGUGCUAUCUAGAGAAACAAAAGAACUCUAACUAGACUCCGCCUUUUCAUG